GUUAAACCCUAGCCUUAUUGUCGGGUCGGGUAUGCAUUCGAGUGCGAACCCCAGAAGUUCAUAAUACUUGUUCAAAUUUCCGCAGCUUCAACGUUCAGGAAUGUGAAAAAGCAGAAAGACAACACUCUAGGUUGCUUUGCCAUGGAGAGCUCAGGUGAUGCAAAGGAUGACGCUUUAGAGACCUCUAUAUCAAGGGAACCGAGCAAUUCUUUAGCAUCUCAUGGUACAAAAUUUGUAGAUGGUGUUCUUAAGGGUGAAAACGAAGUCUGCUUGGAGAACUUUCGUAUGGAUAAACAUGUUUUCUACAAGUUGUGUGAUAUGGUAAAAGCAAGGGGCCUCUUACGUCACACGAAUAGAAUCAAGAUCGAGGAGCAAGUAGCUAUAUUUAUGUUCAUUCUUGGUCGCAAUCUGAGAACCCGUGCAGUUCAAGAACUUUUCAAAUAUUCAAGCGAAACCAUCAGUCGCCAUUUUAACAAUGUUUUGAAUGCAAUCAUGACCAUUUCACUGGAUCUCUUUAAGCCUCCAGGGUCUGAUAUUCCACCACAAAUUCAAGACGAUCCUCGAUUUUAUCCGUAUUUUAAGGAUUGUGUUGGGGCAGUUGAUGGCAUACAUUUCCCUGUGACAGUAGGUGUUGAUGAACAAGGGCCUUUUCGGAAUAAGAAUGGCAUUCUCUCGCAACAUGUUAUUGCAGCGUGCUCUUUUGAUAUGAAAUUCCAUUAUGUAUUAGCUGGUUGGGAAGGUUCAGCACCAGAUAUGCGAGUUCUAAAUUCUGCUCUGACAAGACGGAAUAAGCUUCAAGUGCCUGAAGGUAAAUACUACCUAGUGGAUGGUAAAUAUGCAAACAUCCCAGGUUUCAUCGCUCCAUAUCGUGAUUCUUCUUAUGCCUUUCUUGAAUUCGACGGUGGCUUCCUUCCUCAAGAUGCCAAGAAGCUCUUUAACCAUCGACACUCUUUGCUGCGAAGUGUUACUGCCCGCACUUUUGAAGCACUGAAGAUGCGUUUUCCCAUUUUGAUGGCCGCUCCUUCGUACCCUCUGCAAACACAGGUGAAGCUCGUUGUAGCAGCAUGCGCGAUACACAACUUCAUCCGCGAGGAGAAUCCAGAAGACUGGAUCUUUAAAAUCUACGAUCAGGAAGCGGGAUUGGCACAGGAGGAUCCAAUGCCACCUUUGGAAACCGAACAGCCUAUUGAGACACAGGUUUUAAACAUUCCAUUUGAAACCGAGCAUUUAGAACAGGUUUCUCAGUUGCAAGACUCUAUUGCAUCUGAAAUAUGGAAUGACUAUUUAUACACAAAUGAUUUUCCUUCUGUCUAGUCUGUUCAUAGGUAACAUUGUUCUAAACUGAAAUGAAUUCUCACAUUAACUCCUGCCUGUCCAAAGCAAA